UGCUGCUAAUGACACAAAGCUCGUGCCAACCGAAAGGGAAACAACUGAACAACAAUCGGUGGUGUCCGAUCCAUAGUGCCAAAGGACAAGCAACAGUUACCAUUCAGUGAUCAAAAAAGGUUUAGUCAAGUGAGGUGUUAUUUAUUUGGUGCUUUGUGUUAAUCGGGAAGGUAAAGGAAGAAUCCCAUGUGUUUUACAGUUUGGCGUAUAGCCCAUUAUUAGACUUCCUCAAUAGGUUUUUGAUACAUAUCAAUGAAAACUAGUGUGUGCAAACUGAAUGCGUGAUACAUCCGAAUUUUUUCAAUAAGUGAAUAAUACGUUCGAUACAGCUGAGAAAAGAUGGUGCGGCUUUUGUGAAUCGAUUAAACGGUCAUAUUCGGCGGAUUACUUGGUUCCAUUAUCCAAAUUGCAUAAUCGAUCAUUAUCAAAUUAACCAUCUGCCGAAACAUAUUAAGAGCAUGUAUCGAAUAAACCUAACUACGUUAAGUUUACUUCUUGUGCUUGGACCUGGCGGGUUGAUGUCGGAGCUCACACAAAAUGCUGACGGGACCAUAAAGGACUUGUACGAGUAUCUGCUACAACGAGAGUACGCUGCCCCUGUGUCGUAUGCGGAUCACCAGAUAAAGCGGAAAGCUGUCCGCUCGCCCUCAUUGCGGUUGCGUUUUGGACGACGCAGUGAUCCUUCAAUGCCGGUGCGGCCCGAGGAUGAUGACAUGGUAGAUUCCAGGUCUAUACGUGCCCCGCAGCUUCGAUUACGGUUCGGGCGACGAGACCCGAUGUGGUCGUCGUUCAAUGAGAAUGCACUGUUAGAGGAAAACUUUGACAAACGAGCUCCUUCUCAGCGACUCCGUUGGGGUCGCUCCGGAGGAUUGUUCCACGCGGAUGACGUCAUGCAACAAAAGUCGAUUCGAGCGCCUCAAUUACGACUUCGAUUUGGCAGAAGUGAUCCAACUUGGGCGAUGUUCAACGAGCAUCAGCUUGAUGGAAAACAUUUUAUAGAAGCUUCUCCUAGGCCAUUGCAGAAUGUAGAACUUUCGCAAGCUGACGACCCUACAGAGCAAACAGAUGACACCGAGACGCGAAAUAUGGAUGAAAAGUAACUCUUAACCGGAUUUGGACAAAUAUCAAGAAACUGCAACUGAUGUUUAAUUUACCCUACUAUUUUAGCAUAAGUUAUAUUUUGUUGGCCCCCAGAAAGGUGUUUUAUAUUUGCUAGUGAUAACUAUGUCAGGCAAGUUCAACAUCAGAAACCGUUUUCAUCGAACAGUCGCAGCACUGCGAACCAAUGAAAGACUACCGACAAGACAUACCUAUGCGUGCAUGUCGCGUAUUAAAUAAUACCCAAAAACUAAUGUUAACUUGAAAAACCAAACGGCAGCAAUGAAAAUUCUGAUCAAAUGUGAUGGUUACAAUUAACAUCAAAUCAUCAAUUUACAGUAACACAAAAAUCAUUUCAUAUGUCAUAACGUGCUAGAAGGUAUAAAGUAGAGUAUCAGUAUUUGUUCCAGUUUUAAUCGUAAAAUUGUAAACCAAAUUAAAGUAUUAUUAAUAUAGAGAGGGCGGCAUGUGCUACACUACCAUAAAGACGAAAAGUGAAUAGCUACCGAAGUUAAAAUAAAAAAAAUCUUGGACAUGUGAAAAAGAAUUGUACUCAACAAGAAAAAUGUACAUGUGUAUAAAACAAUAAAUACAUUCAUUGCUAGUGGAAAUAUAAAAACAAAUCAUU